AGCAGACUGCAGUCUUAGCGUUUCUCACUCAACUUUUUGGUGUGAAUUAAAUUUCAAUAAAACACAUUCCGACAAAAAUCUUUCAUUUUCGUGAAUUUCGAAUUGUUUUUGAAAAUCUUUCUUGUCAUUUCUUUAAAAAAAACGAUGGCAGCACCUCAAAAAAGGUAUCCACCAACUCUCUUCUUUUUCUGGCAAAAGGACGGCUCUGUUUCGGUGAGACUUUUGGGAAAAGACGAAGACUAUAAACAUCAAAUCUUUGAGAUUCCCCUCGCCGACAAUAAUAGAGAUAUGGGAGCGAUCGUCGUGGGAAGGUCAAGUGAGGCGGAUCUAGCACAAGUUGCAAGGGAAAGGAGCCAAGAGUGCGAAAGACAAGAAGGGUUGGAUGGAUGUUCAGCAAGGAGAUUAUUCAAGUACGGGUACUACUACGCCCCGAGAUUCAGCCGCAGCUUGUAUGUCGUCACGGAUGACGAUGACAUCGUCAACGUUCUGAAACCUUGGCACCGGAUCUACCUGAACGGGAUCUGCUCAAACAGACCAUCAGAGUGCAUUCUGCAGCUCCAGAAAUUUGAAAAACUUCUCAAGUACCACCUGCUGCAGCAGAAAGAAUACUUGCCUCCUGCGACCGUGACGUUCAUGGAGUCCUGGGGAGAUGGCCCGAUGAUAAGUCAUUGGAACUUGUACUCCCUCGAGCUGCAGCUGUUCCAUCCCAAUCCUGCAAAUUUCAUCUCUGUGCCAGCAGACACCAUGAGUAUGGUGAUCAAAUUUUUGGAAGAUGCCAGAAUUAAUGACAUUGCUGAUGAAUUGUGGAUUUGCGUAGAAUCGGCUGCAGCCAUGUCAUCAAAAGGUGAGUAA